AUGGGGAAUUCAUAUGCAGGGCAACUAAAAUCUGCCCGUUUUGAAGAAGCUCUUCAUAACUCCAUAGAAGCUUCUCUGAGAUGUAGCAGUGUUGUCCCACGGCCGAUCUUCUCACAGCUCUACCUGGAUCCUGACCAGCCUCCUUUCUUGCCGGAAGAUGUGAAGCCAAAGGUAGAGGAGUUGGAUAAGGAGUUAGUACAUCGCUAUUCACAAAAUGGAAGCCUGGACUUUUCUAACAACCAAACUGUUAAUGAAAUGGAAGAUGAAGAGGAGGAUGAAGACAUGUCAGAUUCAAGUAGUCCACCAAUCCCGUAUUCACAAAAACCUGCCCCGGAAGGGUCUUGCACUACUGAUGGUUUUUGUCAAGCAGGCAAGGAUUUACGGUUAGUAUCUCUGUGCAUGGAGCAAAUUGAUAUCCCAGCAGGCUUCCUCUUAGUAGGAGCCAAAUCUCCCAACCUUCCUGAGCACAUUCUAGUCUGCGCUGUUGACAAGCGGUUUUUGCCAGAUGAUCAUGGAAAAAAUGCACUUUUAGGAUUUUCUGGGAAUUGUAUAGGCUGUGGAGAAAGAGGAUUUCGGUACUUCACAGAGUUUUCCAAUCAUAUCAACCUGAAAUUAACCACUCAGCCAAAGAAGCAGAAGCACUUAAAGUACUACCUAGUAAGGAGCUCCCAAGGUGUACUGUCAAAGGGACCCCUUAUUUGCUGGAAAGAAUGUAGGAGCAGGCAAUCAUCUGCUGUUAGCCUCUCUGCUAAACCAAAUUCUUCGGUGUCACCGUCCACGACCCCAGAGGGUGGAUCAGCUAAUGGAUACAAAUCAGGGUUCACUCAGACAGAUUCUUCAAUAUUCAGUCCAGCAAAAUCAUCUUCUGCUGUUAACUUAAGUGGAACUCAAGACCUGUCCCGGAACAAGAACAUUGUGAAACCUCUGGCUCUGUCAGUACAGCUUGUGGGAAAGACAGUUGCUGCAGCUCCUCUUUCACUGCGUGCCACUGAUGUUGCUAGUGGAAAUGCUAAUGGAGGAAGAAAUAGUGUAUUGAGUUCUACAGUCUCUCGGCCAAUGCCUCAUUCGACAUCUCCAAGCCCUGGCUGUGCAGCUGGAGACCAGGCAUCAAUGUCCAGUUCUGGGCCACCAAAGAAACGUCACCGGGGAUGGUCUCCUGGGUCCCCAGUUCCUCCUCCUAGUUCAGCGGUACCUGUUCCUACAAUUCGACCUUCGGCAAGAACAGAGCCUCUUUUGUCAGUCCCAGUUCCUCAAUCCAUGUUAACUGGAAUUUUACAGCCUCAACCCAUCCCAGCAGGGGAGACUGUAAUAGUUCCUGAAAACCUGCUGAAUAACUCAGGAGUCAGACCAGUGAUUCUGAUAGGUUAUGGCACUUUACCUUAUUUCUAUGGAAAUGUCGGUGAUAUUGUUGUAAGUCCCUUGCUGGUGAAUUGCUACAAGAUUCCACAGCUGGAAAACAAGGAUUUGGAUCUCCUGGGUUUGACCAGCAGUCAGAUGCUCAGUGUAGAGAAUAUGAUACUUUUAACCAUUCAGUAUCUUGUCCAACUAGGUCCUGACCAGAUACCCCUGAGGGAAGAAUUUGAGCAGAUCAUGUUGAAAGCUAUGCAGGAGUUCACUCUACGAGAGCGAUCCUUGCAGAUGAGCGCACAGUGUAUCUCUGUGUCACCAGGUCAACUCCCUUGGCUUGCUAGGUUAAUCGCUAGCGUGUCCCGGGACCUUGUGCAUGUGGUUGUUACCCAGAACUCGCUGGCAGAGGGCAUCUCGGAGACGUUGAGGUCUCUCAAUGAAAUGAAACAUCAGCAAAAGCUGCCAGAUUAUGUUGUUGCCAUUUGUGCAUCAAAGAUAAGAGGAAAUGAAUUCUGUGUAGUAGUCCUAGGUCAAUAUCAAUCUAGGGCACUUGCAGAGAGCAUGCUUACCACCAGUGAAUUUUUAAAAGAGAUCAGUUACGAGCUCAUCACUGGGAAAGUUAGUUUCCUGGCGUCGCAUUUUAAAAAUACAUCUUUAGGUGAUGAUUUGGACAAGCUGCUGGAGAAGAUGGUACAGCAGCGAGGGGAAAGUGUUGUUAUUCCGUUCAAUGGAGAUGUUAGUGAGUGCGUGUCAUCUCAGGAGGCAAUUGCCAUGGUUUCUACACAAGAACCGGAUUUGGAUGUUGAUACCUUCCAAAUUUACCAGCCACAGCUUACAGUUGCCAGAAAGCUCUUGUCCCAGGUUUGUGCUAUAGCAGACAGUGGCAAUCAGAGCCUGGAUCUGGGCCACUUCAGCAAAGUAGACUUCAUCGUUAUAGUUCCCCGUUCAGAAGUCCUGGUUCAAAUUCGACAAUCAGGUGUCCUUGUGGACUUGGGCCUAGAAGACAAUGGAACAGCCUAUCAGAGAGCUGAGAAAUACGUGGUUCAGCUAGACAAUGAGAUUCAAACAAAAUUUGAAGUUUUUAUGAGACGAGUGAAGCAGAAUCCAUAUACACUCUUUGUGCUGGUUCAUGACAAUGCCCAUGUGGAUUUUACAAGUGCCAUUUCAAGUUCCCUGUCACAUGGUGAGCCUAGUCAUGGUCUGGCUGAUAGAGUUAUUAAUUGCAGGGAGGUCCUUGAAGCAUUCAACCUCCUUGUUCUUCAGGUCAGCUCUUUUCCUUAUGCACUGCAAACGCAGCAGUCCAGGAUCAGCUCUAGCAAUGAGGUACAUUGGAUACAAUUUGAUACUGUGGAUGACGCAGCAAGUGAAGACAAGCUGUACUUUGGUUUGAAUGAAUACAGCAAAUCCCUCCAAUGGGGAGUCACAAGUCCCCUUCUGAGAUGUGACGAAACCUUUGAAAAAAUGGUCAACACACUUUUAGAAAGGUACCCCCGGCUGCACAGCAUGGUGAUUCGCUGCUACCUUCUCAUUCAGCAGUAUUCCCAAGCUCUGAUGGCUCUCACAACCAUGGCGUCACUAAGAGAUCACAGCACACCCGAAACGCUCAGCAUAAUGGAUGACCUUAUUACUUCUCCAGGAAAGGAUAAGAAUGGCUGUGGCCACAUGCUCGUCAUUAGGGUGCCGUCUGUGCAGCUAGCCAUGCUGGCCAAGGAGAGGUUACAAGAAGUAAGAGACAAGUUAGGUCUGCAGUAUCGUUUUGAGAUCCUCCUUGGGAAUCCUGCUUCAGAGCUUACUGUCGCGAAACACUUUGUGACACGGCUGAAG